UGUAAUACUGUGCUAAAUAGUAAAAUUAUUGUACGGUGUGGACUGAAACAUAUUCAUCAUUCCACAAAUAUCUUUUGACAAAAACAACAGUUAGUGUAUCGUUAUGAAUUCUGCAGCUUAUAUAUCAAUAAUUUUGGGAUGCUGUGUAUUGUGGGUUGCCUGCUCGUUUCCAGUAGCACUGUCCUGCGAUUCGUGUGGUCGGGAAUGCGCAUCUGCAUGUGGUACAAGACACUUCCGGACAUGUUGUUUUAAUUACCUUCGCAAACGCAGUCCACCACCACCGCGAGAUUAUGUCGGAACCGAUAAACGAUUGGAGCUAUGGUACGGAACAAAGGCAGAAGAACAGAAGCCUCAGGAAAACUAUCGGAACUUAAAUAAUUACCUACUCAAAAAUACGGAGGGAGAUUUGGAUUACGAAUACAUACCUAUCGCUUCGACAAAUCAUCUUGCACAUGGAAGAUCUCGAACUGUAACACGAACUAGCUUACAAAGAACCCCUUCCGUUAGCACACCUGAACAUGAUGAGAUAAAUGAAAAGUCCUCUGAAGACCCACAAUCAGGAUCAUUGCAAUUGCUCUAUGAAGCUUAAAUGACGCUAUAUUGAUGUGCUAUGCAUCCUUUAUGAUUUUUUUUAAUUUCUGUGGUAUAAUUGCAUAGUUUAGAUUAUUACGUUUCAUUUCACACUCGACCACAAACAUACAUUUAGGCUGGGUAGAUGUAAGCUUUCGGUCGAUAAUCAAAUGUUAGGUUAAUUCACAUGUAUGCUCAAAAUCAUUAUCAUCAUUUUUUCAUUUAACCUUCAAACAUUUUCCCUGAAGUGAAAUUUGUAUCUCCUUUCGGAAACACCAGAAAUGUUAAUUAAACUGAAACCUCACAAAAACAGUCUUGACACAUCCUUCUAAAAUAUUCAAUUAACCUUAAAAAUCGAUUAUCCCAGUAACCCGUACUCGUCAUUCCCUAAUCAACCGUCCCAACUAAAGCACAUUCACAAUGCGACAAAUGGGUAAGCUUUAUAACCGUUUACCCCGUGGGAUUUCUCAAAUUAGCGUACUUCAAAGCACAAACACAGAGAUAUGGCAAAAGGGUUUCAUCACGGAAAAUACCAUUAGGAUAACAAAGAAAGCAAAUAAUUGCUACCAAAAGUUAUUAAUAGUUAAUUCAACAAAACGCUAGGACAGUGACGUGUUGAAAUUCGUAAAACAGUUGAAGUGUAUUCCUAAAAUGAAAUAAUAAAAGCAGA